UCACACACACUCACACCUCCUCCAGCCCCACUGCCCCCACCAUGGCCGCCUCCACCCUGUCCGCCUGCUCCAGCAACCUGAGCUACGGCAGCCGCGUCUGCCUGCCCGGUCCCUGUCACCCCUGCACCGGCUCCUCCUGGCAGUGGGACGACUGUCCAGAGAGCUGCUGCGAGCCCCCCUGCUGCGCCCCCAGCGGCUGCACCCCCACGCCCCGCCUGGCCCUCGUCUGCACCCCAGCGAGCUGUGAGCCCAGCCCCUGCCUGUCAGGCUGCACCAGCUCCUGCACCUCCUCCCCCUGCCAGCCGGCCUGCUGUGUGCCCGUGUGCUGCAGGCCCGUCUGUUGCACACCUGUGUGCUGCACGCCCCUGUGCUGUGAGGCCUCCCCGUGCUCAGACUCCUGCUGCCAGCAGUCGAGCUGCCCGUCGUCCUGCUGCACCUCCUCCCCCUGCCAGCAGGCCUGCUGUGUGCCCGUCUGCUGCAGGCCCGUCUGUUGCACUCCUGUCUGUUGCACGCCCGUGUGCUGCUCACCCGUGUGCUGCGAGGCCUCCCCCUGCUCGGCCGCCUCGUGCUGCCAGCCCAGCCCCUGCCCCUCGUCCUGCUGCAGACCCUCGUCCUCCGUGUCUCUCCUCUGCCGGCCCGUGUGCCGCCCCGCCUGCUGCGUGCCCGUCUCCUCCUAUGAGGCCCCCACCUCCUGCUGCCAGCCCAGCUGCUGCCGCCCGGCCUCCUGCGUGUCCCUGCUCUGCCGCCCCGCGUGCUCCCGCCCCGCCUGCUGCGUGCCCGCCUCGGCCUGCGAGUCCUGCUGCUGACCGGGCCCGUCCCCCCAGGGCCAGCCGGGCUCAGGUCCCCCCUGUGAC